AAUUGAAGACACAAAUAAAAACAUAUCCUAUGCUCAUGGAAAAGAAGAAUAAAUAUUGUUAAAAUGUGCACCCUACCCAAAACAACAUGCAUAUUCAUGCAAACCCUAUCAAAAUCCCAAUGGCAUUUUUCACAGAAACAGAACAAGCAAUCCUAAUACUUGUGUGGAACUACAAAGGACCGCACAUAGCCAAGGCAACCCUGAGAAGGGAGAACACUCGAAACUGGGAGAAAAGGGGCGAGGAAAGAGAAUACAUAUUGGGCGGGCCAGUCUUCACUGGGGCCAGAGGGAUUCGAAACAACAGAUAUCCAGGCCCCGUCUCUGGGGACCCUGCUUCCACAGGUCUGGACUGUGUCAAAGCCCAGGGCCAGCCCUUUUAAACAUCUGUCCAGGUGACCUGGCAAGCAUCCAGAAGACCACUGAGUUAAAGAAGGUGAUGGGUCCAUGUGAGCAUAGUGGGAGAAAGGGCUGUCCCCUUGACCAGAACUCCUUGGGCUUCUGGGGACAGGAGGGCCUCAAAUUUGCAAUCCCGCUCAUGCGGCCACGUUGUUUUGUCACAAAUGACCUCAUUACACGUUAUUUCUCCUCCAUGCUUGGAGUUUUGUGUAUAAGUGGAUAUAUCAUCUAUGGAUUUCAUUUCAUGUUAGCAAAAGGGACUACAGAAUGCUUGUUAUAAACAGAUGCCUAAGUGAAUGACAAGCUCUGAGUGCUCAGAGGACACAGGACAAGGGUCUGUGACAGACUCAGGGCCAGCUGGAGGCAAAUGAGGGGCAGGGUGACAAGCAACGCCGUGGUGACCAAUCUGGAAAGGUUGAUCCGGAGGGCUGGUGGAGGUGGGAGGUGGAAGUCAGUGCUGAAGAGGAGUCCCUAGGGCCAGGUAGGGGCUGAAUCCCUGGGUCCUGCAGGGGGGGAAGGGCCCGUCCUGCAGAAUGCCAUCAGCCACCAGGUGGCAGGAUGGGACAGAAGAGGGACCAGGACACCUGCGCUGUUUUGGGGGUAAUCUGGUUAGAUGAUACAGCCCACUUUCUCCAUUAUAGCCUUGCACUGCCCCCCGCCCCCGGACCCUAAACUUCCCUGGACUGGACUGACAACAGAAGGAAGCCCAGUCUCAGGCUACAACCCCUCCUCACUUUGUGCAGCCACAUGGCAAUCCCACCAGGCCCCAGGGAUGGCCCAGAGCCUCACCCUCAGUCACUCUCAGGCCCUUCCUCCAUCCCCUGAAGGCUGCUGCCCACUUCAGGCUUCAUGUGGCCCUCGGCCCAUCUGCCAACACCUCUAUCUACAGGCCCGAGGAAGCCCUCCACCUCUCGGCACCCAGCCCUGCCACAGGGCAGAACUUCAGGCUGUCUCAGGGCUCAGAGCCCAGUGCCAGCCCACAAAGCACAUUGAGAAGAGGUCCCACCCCAAAAGAAUGAGCCUGCCACCCUCAGCUACAAGCCAAGCAAGGCCAGAAGCCCUCCCCUCCCGACCAGGCUCAAAUCACCCCUUUACCUAGGUCCUCUCACCCCAAAUGGUUUGCCAACCACCCCUCACACAGCACCCCAGGCCUCCUGCAGUUGGCACCCACUGCUAGGCUGGGGGUAAGAACACACCUUCAGCUUCCCUACCUGUGCUCUCACUGGCCGGCCCUGUUGGGCAGGUCGGGCCCGCCCCCUGAACAGGUGCGUGUGAAGCAUAAAGCCGGCCCAGGCAGCUCAGGAGGAACCUCCACAGUCCACCAUGAAGGGGAGCAGCACUUUCCUGCUGGUGGCCCUCAGCUUGCUUUGCACCAGUGGACUGGCCACAGGGGAGGACAACAAUGAGUUUUUCAUGGACUUCCUGCAAACGCUGCUGGUGGGGUCCACAGAGGAUCUCUAUGAGGGGCCCCUGGGCAAGUACGACGUCAAUGCAGAUGCCAAGGCAGCGCUGACAGAGCUCAAGUCCUGCAUAGAUGGCCUGCAGCCUGUGCACAAGGCAGAGCUGGUCAAGCUGCUGGUGCAAGUGCUGGGCAGUCAGGACGACGCCUAGUGGACCCCAGUCGUGGCUCCAAGUAGCCACAGGACCAGCUACACAAGCGGCCAUGGCGACGCCACCUCUACCACUUCCCGAGGCAUGAAUUUAUCCUCAAGCCACCCAUCCAAUAAAGCCUCCUGUAGUCCAGG